GUUUUUGUUUCUCUUCUGCAGCUGUUUCUCAAAAGAGAGAAAAAACUGAGAGACAUAAGUGCAUUUAUCUUCAUAACCGAAGGACGAGAGGAACAGGAUGCACAACUGGAAUACUGAAUAUUUCCUCCGCAACCUGACAAAGUGAAAGUAACUGAGGGAGCGGUGUCUUCCUGUUUUUUGCGCGCUGCCUGUCGUGUUUUUGGCAUCACUCAGGGAGGAAGAUGGCUUCUCGUUCUGAGAAGGAUCUCUGCUGUACGAUCUGCCAUGACAUCUUCAAAGAUCCUGUCGUCCUCUCAUGCAGCCACAGCUUCUGUAAAGGCUGUGUGCAGAGAUGGUGGAGAGAGAAAAAGAUAAAGGACUGCCCGGUUUGUAAGAAACAACCUUUACUGAGUGAUCCACCUUGUAACCUGGCACUGAAGAACCUGUGUGAGACCUUCGUACUGGAGAGAGAUCAGAGAUCUUCAGAGGCUCUCUGCAGUCUGCACUCUGAGAGACUCAAACUCUUCUGUCUGGAUCAUCAACAGCCGGUGUGUCUCGUCUGCAGAGAUUCAAAAAUGCACACCAACCACAGAUUCAGACCCAUCGAUGAAGCUGCAAAGGAUCACAGAGAGGAGCUGCAGACGUCCCUGAAACCCUUAAAAGAGAAACUGAAGCUCUGUAAAGAAAUGCAAGGAAACUGUGAUCAGACAGCAAAACACAUGAAGGUCCAGGCCCGACGCACAGAGAGGCAGAUUAAGGAUCAGUUCAAGAAGCUUCACCAGUUUCUAGAAGAGGAAGAGGAGGCCAGGAUCACUGCUGUGAGGAGGGAAGAGAAGCAAAAAAGUAAAGUGAUAAGAGAGAAAACAGAGGCUCUGAGCAGAGAGAUAGCAGCUCUUUCAGACACCGUCAGAGCCACAGAGGACGAGCUGAGAGCUGAAGACGUCUCAUUCCUGCACAACUACAAGGCUGCAGUGCAAAGAGUCCAGCAGCGCCCCCUGCUGGAUGAUCCACAGCUGCCCUCAGGAGCUCUGAUAGACGAGGCCAAACACCUGGGCAACCUGACCUUCAACAUCUGGAGCAAGAUGAAGGACAUGGUCUCCUACACACCUGUGGUUCUGGAUCCAAACACUGCUCAUCCAGAACUGAUCCUGUCUGAAGAUCUGACCAGUGUGAGACGAGGAGAGAGACAGAAGCUUCCUAAAAACCCAGAGAGGUUUGAUUAUUACUGUCGUGUUCUGGGCUCUGAAGGAUUCGACUCAGGGACUCACAGCUGGGAUGUCGAAGUCAAAGACUGUCCAGGAUGGUUUCUGGGCGUGGCAGCAGAGUCCGUCCAAAAGAAAGGGGGCAUAACGUCUGGACUGUGGCGAAUAGGAUUAACAGAUAGUAAAUAUGCAGCAGCCUCUUCACUGGGUCCACACACUGCUCUCCAAGUCCAGAAGAAGCUCCAGAGGAUCAGAGUCCAUCUGGACUUUGACAGAGGAACUCUGUCAUUCUCUGACGCUGAGACAAACACACACAUUCACACCUUCACACACACUUUCACUGAGAAGAUGUUUCCAUACAUUAGUAAUAAAAAGGACCAACUAAAAAUAUUACCAUUAAAGGUCAGUGUAAGUGUAGAACAGGGUCAGUGAUCUCUGACAGACAGACAUGUCAUUUUCUUUCAAUGUACAGUUUAUUAAUUAGUGAGGAGUGCCUACAACAUGAGUCAACUAUAAAUGUGGGUUUCUUCCUACUUAUUAUUCAUCUUUCGCCCUUUUUCGCCGAAUAAUGUGGCCCACACUGGUGAGAGGACCCCAACAAAUUAUAUAUCAAAACGUGUGUUUUCAUCCAGAGUCCUGUGCUAUUACUUAUCGAAGACUUCUUAUUAC